GGCAGAUAAGAUUGUCUUGUAUGCUUUAAAUAUUUCACACAAAGUAGGAGAAAUUUUCUUCGACAAAGGUUUUUACACGUGCACUUGCAGUUGUACUUGUCUCUACAUACAUCGACUGUUGAUAAUAAUGCUUGCGUGGACCUUGCUAUUGCUUUUGAUAGCAUGUACUUGGUAUUCCGACGCGGCAACAACAAUGAUGCCAAUGAUGACUACUCAUCCAGAGGCGUCUAAAUUCGAAUCAUUUCAGUUCCAGUUUGAUGGUAUAACGGGGAUGUUGGCGGUCCGAUCAUUGAACAAAUGUUAUAUUUGGCAAAUCACAAGCACAGAGCACCAACAGAUACACACUGACGAUGGACUUAGAAAUGUCGAGAUACGAGUGUUGAAGGAGAUAGAAAAUGCUUACUUCACUGUUGUACCAAAGGCUAUUUUACAUCCAAGCAUAGUAGGAGCGUGUUCCAAAAUCGCAAAUCAUUUUUAUCUUGUGCAUUAACAAUGACUGAAAUAGUGGAUUAUCAAAUUAGAAAUGUUUAUCUUAUUGGUGUCACUCUAUUAAUAAAAAUAUCAUU